GCCUUUUCAAAUCAAACCCACAAAAUUUCCCUUUUUUUUUUUCUCCUGUUCUUCAAGUGUUCUUAUUAAUGGAUACCUUGUUCAGGCUUGUCUCCAACCUUCAACCUUCUGAUCAAUCUUACAACUCAAGCACCAGCUCCAAGAAUUCUGUUGAUCUUCAAAAUCAUUGCUUCCUUAACCCACCACCUCCUGAACAAUGCUUCACCAGCUCCUUCAUGGUGGAUCAACAACAUUUCUCUGCCUCCUCUUCUUCCAACCAUCGUCUUGAUAACGACCAUGUCCAUCGAGAUCACGAGUAUAUAAGUACUGUCAAUUCGACUGAUCGAUGGUUCGCCCCUUUAGACGUGAACUUGGAAUUCUCUAAUGGUUGGGCUUCUACGUUGAUCGUCCAAAUUGCCAUUGCCAUUGUUGAUAACAACGCUUCUCGAAUCCAACAACUCAUGUGGAUGCUUAACGAGCUUGGUUCGCCCUAUGGCGACAUUGAUCAAAAAUUGGCUUUUUACUUUCUUCGAGCUAUGUUUAGUCAUGUUACGAACUCUGGUGAACGGUGCUAUCGGACCUUGGCAAUGGUGUCGGAGAAACGGUCUUGUUUCGCGUCGAUGAGAAGAAUGGUGUUGAAGUUUCAAGAGGUGAGUCCAUGGAUGACGUUUGGUCAUGUUGCUUCAAAUGGGGUUAUCAUGGAGGCUUUUGAAGGAGAAAAGAAGUUGCAUAUCAUUGAUAUUAGUAACUCCUUUUGUACUCAAUGGCCGACUUUCCUUGAAGCUCUAGCAUCUCGAUCAGACGAAACUCCACACCUUAGGCUCACGACACUAGUCGCAGCCAGAUCGGAUAAGAAGGUGAUGAGAGAAAUUAGCAGAAGAAUGGAGAAAUUCGCGAGGCUUAUGGGGGUUCCCUUCAAAUUCAAAGCAAUAUAUUACUCCGGCGAUAUUUCACAGCUAAAUUUCACGGAGUUAGGGGUUAAUGACGACGAAGCCCUUGCCAUUAACUGCGCCGGCGCCUUCCGCUCCGUCACGCCCGUCGACAACCGCCGCGAUUUUCUGAUUUCACUGUUCGGAGCUUUGCGGCCGAGGAUAAUCACUGUGGUGGAGGAGCCGGCAGAUCUCGAUAGCGACGGCGUUGACUUUGUCAAAGACGUUCAAGAAUGUUUACGGUGGUUUAGGGUUUACUUUGAUUCCUUAGACGGAAGUUUCCCUUCCACAAGUGAUGAAAAGUUGAUGCUCGAACGCGCCGCUGGACGCGCCAUCGUGGACUUGCUUGCACGCGCGCCAGCGGAGUGUGUUGAGAGGCGCGAGACGGCUGCGCGUUGGGCUCGUCGUUUGCAUGAGGGCGGUUUCAAACCGGUGUCGUUUAGUGAGGAUGUAAACGACGACGUACGAGCGCUUUUAAGGAGGUAUAGGGAUGGGUGGACGGUGUUGGAUGACGGCGAGGACGCCGAUGCCGGAAUUUUCUUGGCUUGGAAGGGGCAGGCGGUGGUUUGGGCCGCCGCGUGGGCGCCUGAAUCAGUGGACGGAGAGAAGAGUCGCCAGAGUAGUAGUUCAUUAAUGGAUUUGCAGAAGGUGAUGAGAGAAAUUAGCAGAAGAAUGGAGAAAUUCGCGAGGCUUAUGGGGGUUCCCUUCAAAUUCAAAGCAAUAUAUUACUCCGGCGAUAUUUCACAGCUAAAUUUCACGGAGUUAGGGGUUAAUGACGACGAAGCCCUUGCCAUUAACUGCGCCGGCGCCUUCCGCUCCGUCACGCCCGUCGACAACCGCCGCGAUUUUCUGAUUUCACUGUUCGGAGCUUUGCGGCCGAGGAUAAUCACUGUGGUGGAGGAGCAGGCAGAUCUCGAUAGCGACGGCGUUGACUUUGUCAAAGACGUUCAAGAAUGUUUACGGUGGUUUAGGGUUUACUUUGAUUCCUUAGACGGAAGUUUCCCUUCCACAAGUGAUGAAAAGUUGAUGCUCGAACGCGCCGCUGGACGCGCCAUCGUGGACUUGCUUGCACGCGCGCCAGCGGAGUGUGUUGAGAGGCGCGAGACGGCUGCGCGUUGGGCUCGUCGUUUGCAUGAGGGCGGUUUCAAACCGGUGUCGUUUAGUGAGGAUGUAAACGACGACGUACGAGCGCUUUUAAGGAGGUAUAGGGAUGGGUGGACGGUGUUGGAUGACGGCGAGGACGCCGAUGCCGGAAUUUUCUUGGCUUGGAAGGGGCAGGCGGUGGUUUGGGCCGCCGCGUGGGCGCCUGAAUCAGUGGACGGAGAGAAGAGUCGCCAGAGUAGUAGUUCACAUUGAAAAAGAUCUCUCUCUAUUUCAACAUUUGGUUUUUUACUCCGUUUUUUCUUUCCAUUUGAGAUUUGAGAUUUACUUUGUAAUAUUAAAAUCUUUUAGUAAUGUUAUUAACAAACUAACGAAGUCCAAGCCAAGCUAC